ACCGGGCGGGGUGAUCCUUCCGCUGGGUCGCAACCGCGCCCAUAAAAAAAAGUGAAACCCACCAGACCUCCUUGCCUUCUCCGGUUCUCCUCCCUUCCCAUCCCCAUCACGUCGCCCGGCCGCCCACCGCUGGGACCCCAAGCCCACGGGGCCCUCAACCUGACCCCCUCGCCGGAGCGGCCGAGCGCGCGCCCAUGGACGAGUACCGGCCGCGCCGGUCGCCGGCUACCGAGCGGUUCGUAGGGUUGUUCUCGUCGCCCUCCUCGUCGCCGACGGAGUCGUCGUUCGUCGCCGGGGAUGAGUUUCACGAGGACGACUUCAUGUUCUCAUCUGCCCCAGUCGCCGCCUCGGACGCGCGGCCCGACGGGCCAGGGAGCCCGACCCGGGUUCCGCAUAGCCACCUCGGUCUCCUCGCCGCGCUGCACGAGGGGGACAAAAGGCUCCUUCUUCGCCGCGCCGGGGGCGGCAGCGGGGUAGCGGCCUCCGCGGUCGCCGCCACCCCGGCCACGCUGCUCCGCCGCCAGGCCACCAUCGCGGCUGCCACUUCGGCAUCUGGUGGUUCGCUGUCACCCACCCAGUCCCCUGCCUCCGCCGCGUGGGCUAUCCCGGCGAACCCGAGGCCCAAGACCCGCGGACCGGCCCCGCAGUAUCACCAGUCAGCUCCAGUUAAGGUACCCGUCCGCCCGCCCCAGAAGCCGGCAAUGGAUAAGUGGGACGAACUGGACGACGAUGACGAGCUCCGGCACGGGGAUGCCGCCAUGCUGCCCCCGCACGAGAUGGUCGCGCGCGCGUCUGCUGGUGGCGCCGGGCCGGCCGCGCCCUUCUCGAUGCUGGAGGGCGCCGGCCGCACGCUCAAGGGCCGAGACCUUCGACGGGUACGCGACGCUGUGCUCCGUCAAACCGGAUGGCUCGACUGAAUCCAACGAGGUGAUGUGGCUCUGGCCUUUUGUUCAGCUUAGAGUCAUAGAUUGGUUACAUUAGGAUAUAAAUUCUAGUGGUGUUGUAGAUCGGGAGGGAAGAUGAGAAAGUAAGGUAACAGUUUGAGUUUUUUGUAUUUUGUGUGUGUGUGUGUGUGCAACUGCUUGCAAUUUUGGUCUCUGUGAAUUGGAAGGAUGUGUCUGAUAUUACUGCAAGUUUCAACAGUAAUAAGAACUUUUCAUGUAUUGGUAAA